AUGCCAGAAUACGUUGAAUAUGAGCACACUCCCCACACUGAAUCUGAAUUUAUCCAACAAAUUGUUGAAGAGAUAUCAAAUUCCAAAUUAUACCGGAAUCCAUUACAUGUUGCUACAUACCCAGUUGGAGUAAAUUCUCGCAUGGAGACCUUAGAAAAACUUUUAGAUAUUGAAUCAAAUGAUGUUCGCAUGAUAGGGAUCAGUGGCAUUGGUGGAAUAGGCAAAACUACAAUUGCAAAAGCUAUUUAUAAUAGCAUUUCGUAUGAAUUUAAAGCAAAAAGUUUUCUAGAGAAUGUUAGAGAGAGGUCAAAGACACAUAUAGGCAUAAUCCAUUUACAAGAGGAACUUCUUUCUAAUAUCUCACAAAAUAAGAUUUUGAAGAUAGAAACAUUGCUCCGACAAUGUGAUUGCUUUGCUUCUGGAAGUAGAAUCAUUAUGACAACAAGAUAUAAAAGCUUGCUAGUUAAGCGAAAUGGUCUUUCAACCUAUGACUAUGGGGUUAAGGAAUUAAAUGAAUAUGAAGCUACUAAACUCUUUCGUAAUCAUGCCUUCCUAGAUAACAAGCUCUAUGAAGAUUAUUUGGAACUUGAGAAAAAAGCUAUACAUUAUGCCAAAGGCCUUCCACUAGCUCUAAAAGUAAUGGGCGCUGAUUUGUGUGGAAAAACUAUAAAUGAAUGGAAAGAUGCUUUAGAUUAUUGA